AUGUUUGCGACCUUUACCUCGUCCAUGGACGCCCGGAGCAAGAGCCAGACGAAUGGUGCACCGACCUCAUCGCGUCCCAAGAGGCAUGUCGCCGCUCGAGCGUGUGACCGUUGCAGGGCAAACCGAAUCAAGUGCGACGACGGCCAGCCCUGCAAGCACUGCCGCGUCAAAGAUGUGGAGUGCUGCAAGGGCCGGCCCGGCGAGCAUCCCGACAGAUCGCGAGUCAAUGAACUCGAAGCCCAGCUGCAGCAGAAGAGCGCUCAGACGAGUCCAGCUGCUUCUUCCGCAACUGCUGCUCUGCCAUCGCCGCCAGACUCCGAAGACACGACGAGUCCGGGCAGCCAGCAGUCCCUCGACAGACGCUCGACCAACAGCUGGGUAGGGUUUUGGAAGACGGAUCCCAAUACCAAGCAGGCGCAGUACUAUGGGCCCACGUCGUUCAAUUUCUUCCUGUACCGACUGGGCGGGUAUCUGACAUCAAGUUGCAACCAACCGCAGCUAGCGGAGGCCAUGCAGGCGAUCACAACCCCUUCUUCUCACUCAACUGCCGACAGUGGCACAGCAGCGGCCCUGUCUCGCCCCCAGGAAGAGGGGCUACUAGACAUGUUUUGGCAGUCGUAUCACAGCAUGUUCCCAGUCCUGGAUGAAGCUGAGUUUCGCAGCCACUACAACGCGCUGUGGUUUUCGCAAGCGUCGUCUCCAGUCGAGACGUCGCGGCAGCCCUCCGCGCUGGUGGACAUAAUACUUGCCCUGUGCAUCCAGUUCAGCACUGCUGCUCUGGCGUCCAGCGUUCCAGCCACGGAGGUUGACUCUGGUAAUGCAACCCAGCUGGGCAGGUGGUUGUACGACCGAAGCCAGAAUCUUGUACGAAGUGAGCAGGACGGCCCGUCGAUUUCAACGCUGCAGGUUCACAUCUACUCCAUCAUCUUCCUUAUAAAUUGCUCGUUACUACCGCAAGCCCACGGGGUGCUAUCCGCUGCUGUACACGUAGCCUGUGCCCUGGGCUUGCAUCAUGAGCUCCCGGAAGAUCUCCCAGCAUCCCAGAGGUCGCUUUUGCGGCGGCUGUGGUUGAUGCUGUUCUACCUAGAUUCGAAAUGCAGUCUCGACCUCGGUCGGCCAUUUUUGAUUCCCUGGCCCGGACCAGGUGGCACCACCGAGCCGUGGGAAAACGAUCAGCACGCUGUGGCCUUGGUUGACACCAGCAAUACGAACUACGAGGGCAUCAAUUGGCUCACCUGCCACAAUCAGUAUGUUAAACUGAUGGGCGUGAUUCGCAGCAUUUCAGUCUCCUUCUCCGCCAAAUGCGACGAGCUAUUAGCGGCGCAGCCUACCCCUUCUCUCUAUUCAAAUCCCAGCGUAUUGGAGGCAUCUGCCUCUUCGCUGCGGCAAAGCCUCGCAUUACUCCGACCAUGGAUCAGCGGUGUUCCUACUGCACUCAAGUUCUCUCGUAAAGACGGUGGAGAGGCUUUCUCUGCAACGCGAUAUCAGGUCCAGUUUGAUGCGUUUGCGCCCAUCUGGCUGCAGCGCCAACGCCUGCUACUGGAGCUCCUAUAUCACAACGCCCUGCUCUGUCUCUACCGCACUUUUAUCAAAUAUCCAACACCAAACGCAGGCCCCGAAUCUCUCGGGCCUAGUAUCACUACGCUCUCGGUUGGGAACGCUGUAUCCGCUCUCAAUCAUGGAAUAGCGACCAUCUAUAUCAUAGACCAAGCGAUGAUUGAAACGGACCUGCUUACUUCCUGGCAUCGAGCAUACCAGUUCUUAUGGGAAGCAUCCGUCAUCGUCGUAGGCUUCACCUUUGCACGACCUCUAUGUCCCCACACAGCAUCUGCCCGCACCGCGAUCUCCACUGCAAUACGCGCAUUUGGUGUUUUUGCUGCCCACGGGAUAGCACCCGCAAAUACCGCCGCAAGGAUCCUGCGCGAGCUAAGUAGUACGAGCGGCGAUGCCCUGGGCACCUUUCGCAGCAACUUCCCAACUCCUGCGCCAGCUCCAGUGCAGAACCCGAGGAGGUCCGGGGACAAAACACCUGUGACGCAACAGCCCGCCGCACGGCCUGGCAGCGACAGCUUCUCCGCACCACCCCAGAUCGCCCAUUCGCGAGGAUCGAGCAAUAGCACCCCCGUCAUGCAGCAGUCAAUCACACAGCCCAGAGGCUCAAUGUCCUGGAUGACGCAAGCACAGACGCCCGAGAAUAUGGCAUUCCUCCCCACGACAUCAUUAAUGAAUUUCCCACCAGACCUAUCUUCAAAUCUCUCCACAAGUCUCGAUUCGAAUUUCGCUGCAAAUACGUUUAGUACUGAUUUUCCUUCGGGCGACAUGAAUGCGGCCUUUGCGGAGCCCCUUCCGUUUAACUCCGCGCCCAUGUCGAUGGAUUUCUCAGCGGAUAUGCUCGCGUCGGUUGAUAUGCAGAAUGCAGUUCAAAACAUGGAUUGGGAUCAGGAUUUCAGCGUUUGGCCCGGAAAUGUCGGCCGUGGGACAUAGUUUUCCAGCUUAGCUUUGCAACACGAUGCAUUUUUUGGUGUUGAAGGUGGGAAAAUUUCCACGAUGCUACGACACAAAAUCUGUGCACUCUUUGCAAUUCGUUCUAACCUUGCUCCGGGAUUUCUAAUGAGACGCUAGGCCACUCGAACGAAAGAGUGAGGCAGGUCGAUUAGAAGCAAUUGGGAUCACUCCAGUUUGAUUUGUCUUGACAUUUGCACCUCGUGUGAGUUCGUGAGGAUGAUGCAUCGCAGGAUAGUAUAGGACAUUGGCACUUUCAAAGAAGAAGUUCUCUUUCGAUUUAGAGUACCGUUCUAACAACUAAAUGACAUAUACAAAAUUACAUCGAAAGAAAGU